CAGUCGGACAAGUUUGAGGCUAAGCACAUUUUUGUUUGCUUAAUUGCUUAGUUAAGGAUUGUCCAACCCUUGAGCUCAGAAUAGUUAAAGAACUUUCUCAUACCAAUGAAAAGUUCGUAACAGCAUAAUCAUUACAGCAACGAUAACAACGAAGGAACAUGGAAGCACAUACAUCUUCCAGGAUUCCUGAAUCGGAUGUACCACCAAAGUCUCCUUGUCACCGCAAGAUAAUUGCGAUAACUGUCAUUAGUGUGGCCACCAUUAUUAUCAUUGGAGCUAUGGUUGCCGCCAUUGUGAUAGAUAUGGUCAUUGUUAAACAAAGUUCUGAGCCCAGUCAUCAUCCUCAUUAUUUCAGAGGUUCAUUCCGAAUAGUUAACCGAAACUACAAUGACACUUACAAAGACAGAGGCAGCUUUCAAUACAGAAUGCUAGCAGCAGAAACUGUAGUAAUUUUAGAAGAAACGUUUAAGAACUCAGAGCUGAAGACUCAAUACAAUAUGUCCAAAGUAAUCAGCUUUAGACCUGGGAGUAUUAUACCACAGUUUGUGAUCCUAUUUCAAGUUGCUGAGGACAAAGCAUUUUCAUCAGAAUCUGUUGAGAAUAUAUUUGCAGACAAUCUCAUUGAUGCUUCCAACUCCCAAUUUGACAUUGACAAAAGUUCACUUGAGUUGUCUGAAAUUACGGUCAAGGAUGCAGAAACCCUUCUCUAUGGGGCUUGUGGUGUUGGAGGUUCGUCAGUAUCAAGCAGAAUAGUAGGAGGUGACCCAGCGGCUUCUGGAUCAUGGCCAUGGCAGGCUAGUUUGCGUUUGAAUGGGAAUCAUAAAUGUGGCGCAUCACUGAUCAGCAGUAGCUGGCUUGUCACCGCUGCUCACUGCUUUGAAGGUAAUAGCAGAGUUAAUAUGUGGACAGUAGUCCUGGGUAAAAUUUCCUUAAAGCGUGAAUAUGGAUUAAAGCUCAAGCAAAUCAUAACCCAUGAAAAUUAUAACAGCGAAAAACACCUUAAUGACAUUGCCCUUCUGGAGCUGGCUGAUCCAGUUAACUUUAACCAAAACACCCGAUCUGUAUGUCUCCCAAGAAUGUCUGAGAACUUUGCAGAUAAUAAGUCAUGCUACGUUACAGGAUGGGGAGCACUUGAAUCCGAAGGUCCGCCAUCACCAACACUACAGCAAGCUGAAGUAAGGAUAAUAAAUUUAGGUUUAUGUGGAAGCCCCCGGAUGUAUGGAAAUUUAAUCCAACCAUCCAUGAUAUGUGCUGGAUAUGUUGAGGGAAAAAUUGAUGCCUGUCAGGGUGAUUCUGGAGGUCCACUGGUAACCACACAAAAUAACAGCAAUUGGGUGCUUAUUGGAAUUGUCAGCUUUGGAGAUGGAUGUGCCUUACGAAACAGGCCUGGUAUCUACACUAGAGUCACCUAUUUCCUCGGCUGGAUCACCAGGAUUUCAGGCCUGUGAUGUACUACAGUCCUAAUUCUUUACAGCUAAAAUUGUUGCUAUGGAAUGUGAAGAUUACAACUUACGGAACACUUUCAGAUCAGUAAGUUGAAGACCUCUGUGGCAGGAACAUCAUAGUCCAGGGAAACAUAACUUCCCAUUUAUGUAUAGUAAAAGAGAGACCCAAGAAAGCAUCCUUCUAAGAAAAACCCAAGAAAACUGACAAGGUCUGGAUGUUGACCACUCUCAAAGUAUCCCAGUACACAGCUGCAGAAACAUGAAAAAUGCUUAUAGUAUAAUCCUACAAAGACUUAUUAUUGCUGCUUGUCCGUCCCUUUUAAUUGCCCCCCAUCAAUGGUAAGGGGCAGAUACUGAAAACAUGUAACCAAUAGUUUGCAGAUCAGAAGUUGAUCACAAGCUUAUUGCUAUUUUAAUUGAUAUUGUAUUCCUGUUAUACAGGAUUGCUUAUGGCAAUGUGAAGAUUUAAUGUCAAGGUUUUAACUUUUCUAUAUCUGUGUAGCAAUUCACAUAGUAAGGCCUCAUGCACACGAACGUAUUUUCUUUCCGUGUCUGUUCCUUUUUUUUUUUUGCGGACCGUAUACGGAACAGUUCAUUUCAAUGGGUCCGCAAAAAAAACGGAAGUCACUCCGUGUGCAUUCCGUUUCCAUUUGUCCGUAUUUCCGUUCCGCAAAAAAAUAGAACAUGUCCUAUUAUUGUCCGCAUUAUAUUCAGCUGUUAAUAGGGUUGUUCCAUCUGGGACAUUUAUGGCAUAUGGCAUAUCCACAGGA